AUGGACAGGUUCCUGAGGAAGAAGUACAUGGGUGUGUGCAGGUUCUGGUCAGCAGAAGGGGAGGCAGACUCCCCGCAGUUCAGCCAGAUCUGCAGCUACGAGAUUGUCACCCCCCACGUGCCGUUCACCGUGGACAAGGAUGGUUAUAUAAAGAACACGGAGAAGCUCAGCCACAGCAAGGAGCGGCAGUACAAGCUGACGGUCACCGCCUAGGACUGUGGGAAGAGAAGGGCCGCGGAGGACGCGCUGGUGAAGAUCAACAUCAAGCCCAGCUGCACGCCCGGGUGGCAAGGCUGGAGUGACCGGAUGGAGUAUGAGCCUGGCACGGGCGCUUUGGCCAUGUUCCCCAACACCCACCUGGAGACCUGUGCCACGCCCAUCGCCUCCAAGCAGGCCACCGUGGAGCUGGAGACCAGCCACAUCGGCAAGGGCUACAACCGCGACACCUACUCCAAAAAGUCCCUUCACCAGCUCUGUGGGGCUGCUGCUGGUACUGCCGAGCUGCUCCCCGCCCCCAGCAGUGCCAUGAACUGGACCAUGGGCCUCCCCACGGACAAGGGCCACGACAGCGACCAGGUGUUUGAGUUCAAUGGCACCCAGGUGGUCCGGGUCCCCGACGGCCUUGUUUCUCUCAGCCCCAGAGAGCCCUUCACCAUCUCGGUGUGGAUGAGGCAUGGGCCUUUCAGCAGGAGGAAGGAAACGAUCCUGUGCAGUUCCAACAAAGCAGAUAUGAACCAACACCAUUAUUCCCUGUAUGUCCACGGGUGCCGGCUUGUUUUCCUCCUCUGUCAGAAUCCUUCUGAGGAGAGGAAAUACAAACCUGAAGAAUUUCACUGGAAGUUGAAUCAGGUCUGUGAUGAGGAGUGGCACCACUUUGUCCUCAACGUGGAGUUCCCAAGCGUGGCUCUCUACGUGGAUGGUGUCCCUCACGAGCCCUUCUCCGACGAGGAUUACCCACUCCAUCCAUCCAAGAUAGAAACGCAGCUUGUGGUCGGGGCUUGCUGGCAAGAGUAUUCAGGAGUUGAAAGUGACAAUGAGACUGAGCCUGUGACUAUGGCCUCUGCAGGUGGCGACCUGCACAUGACCCAGUUUUUCCGAGGUAACCUGGCUGGACUAACGGUGCAUUCCGGGAAGCUCGCAGACAAGAAGGUGAUCGACUGUCUGUAUACCUGCAAAGAGGGACUUGACCUACAGGUCCCUGAAGACGUGGGCAGAGGCGUGCAGAUCCAAGCAAGCCCCAGCCAGUCAGCCUUGACCUUGGAGGGAGAGGACGUCGGGGAGCUGGACAAGGCCCUGCAGCACGUCUCCUACGUGAACUCGCGGCAGUUCCCCACGCCUGGCAUCCGCAGGCUCAAAAUCACCAGCACCGUCAAGUGUUUUAAUGAGGCGCCCUGCAUCGCGAUCCCCCCGGUGGAAGGCCACAUGAUGGUUUUGCAGCCAGAAGAGCCCAGGAUCAGCCUGAGUGGCGUCCACUGCUUCGCCCGAGCAGCGUCGGAGUUUGAGGGCUCAGAAGGGGUUUUCCUGUUUCCUGAGCUUCCAAUCAUCAGCACAAUCACGCGAGAAGUGGAGCCUGAGGGGGACGGACCCGAGGACCCCACAGUUCAAGAGUCCCUGGUGUCCGAGGAGAUCGCCAACCUGGACACCUGCGAGGUCACGGUGGAGGGACAGGAGCUGAACCCCGAGCAGGAGAGCCUGGAGGUGGACACAGCACGGCUACAGCACACGGACCUCACAGUGAGCCGCUCUGCCCUGGGCGUGGUCUUCACAGGUGUGAACACCAUGGCCAGCUACAAGGAGGUUUUGCACCUCUUGCGCUACCGGAAUUGGCACACCAGGUCCCUGCUCGACUGGAAGUUCAAGCACAUCUGCUCUGAGCUCAAUGGCCGCUACCUCAGCAACGAAUUUAAGGUGGAGGUGAACGUGAUCCACACCGCCAACCCCAUGGAGCACGCCAGCCACAUGGCCGCCCAGCCACAGUUCGUUCACCCCGAGCACCGCUCCUUCGUCGACCUGUCGGGACACAACCUGGCCAGUCCUCACCCCUUCGCAGUUGUCCCCAGCACCGCCACCGUGGUGUGCGUCAGCUUCCUGGUGUUCAUGAUCAUCUUGGGGGUGUUUCGGAUCCGGGCUGCACAUCAACGAACCAUGCGGGACCAGGACUCAGGGAAGGAGAACGAGAUGGACUGGGACGACUCUGCCUUGACCAUCACCAUGAACCCCAUGGAGACCUACGAAGACCAGCACAGCAGUGAGGAGGAGGAGGAGGAGGAAGAGGAGGAAGAGAGCGAGGAUGGAGAGAAGGAGGAAGACAUCACCAGCGCCGAGUCAGAGAGCAGCAAGGAGGAGGAGGGCGGCCCUGGGGACGUCCAGAACCCCAACAGGCAGCAGCAGCUCGAGUGGGACGACUCCACGCUGAGCUACUGACGAGCCCUGGGCGCCUGCGUCCGCCUCCCAACGUCUGCCACCCGUCUCCCGGCCCGUGGGUCCUCGAUGUAUAAAGUCACUUCAGCCAGCAGGUCUGCAGACCCCCAUUGCUGAUCGCCCC